AUGUCCAUCACUCAUGAAGAAGCGGCAAGAGUUCGAAAGUAUCUUUGGAGCUACGAGCAGGUCCCUACUGUCAAAAUUGCGGUAUUGGGCUCAGACGGCGUAGGGAAGCGCAGCAUACUCCAGCGGGGCGAUGUCUGUGAUAUGUCAGAGGCAGAGCUGCUCGAAUAUGUCCGGCCAAAUGAAGCAUGCUUUCUGGUAUACGACGUGACUCGUCGCGAGUCGUUCGAUCUACUAGACAAGUUACGGCAAGUCUACGUCAAAAGAAGACGAAUACCAAGACGUCAAGCUCGAAGCAAUACCGUUUUUGUGAUAGCGAAUCGCAUCGACCGAUGGCGAGGUGACUGGACAGUCUCAAUGCAUGAAGCCGACGCAUUUGCCCAGAGCUUCGGAGCACUUUUCUUGCAGAUGUCUGCUUUGACUGGAAAAGGUACAGGCGAUGAAGUUGUGGUAGAUAUGCUGGGACAUAUCUUGCUGAAUCGUAUACUGGAUGAGGCUGGACCUCGAUGGCUCACAGCGCCAGUAGUGAUUGAGCAAGAGGAUCGCAGGUCCAUGUAG